CUGGAGCAGUGGGGUCAAACAAAGGAAACGAGAGGGAUGGUGGAAGAAUUGAUUGACAACAUCUUGCUAUCUUUGAACUCGCUUCUAAUGGAGCCUUUGAAGCCAGAAGCAACAAGAGCUCGGGAUCUGUGCCUGUCACAGCUUACUGGCUUACUACUGAGCUGUUGUGCUGGAUGGGGAGCCACCGUAAUGCAGGCUGUUACGGAAGAGAAGGGCGACAAUAUUGUUGGCGUAAUUUUUACCGUCAUAUCUGCUACCAGGGCUGACGCUACGGAUUCUAAUCGGAAAGAAACCGUGAAUGCGUUGGUUGCUUGUUUUCGCAUUCUCAAUUUGGUAAUGAUGUGCGAUGAAGGCGUUAAAAAGACUCUAAUCUUGUUUGUGAGAAACAGCCCAGUUUCCAUGAUGGAGCUCUUACGGACAUUCACCGAAGACAACUUGGUAGUGCAGAUCCUUGAAAUGUGCGACCGGAUAGCCGAUGAUGAGAAUCUUGCUCAACAGUGGGUUAGUGAUAGACCACUUCUCGAUGCAAACGCUAACAGUUCAAAUCCGGAGAUCGCUCGCGCUGCUCAGUCUUUGGUGUCAAAACUCAGCGUAGUCAAUUCGGAUUUCGAACCGUUAGCAGGAGUGUUUGCCUCCAUGGGCACAGAGGGGUUCUCAAUGGAGAUGUAA